AUGGCCUGCACCGCGUCGACUUCCAAGGUCGCCAUCCCGCGGCCACGCACCCGCAGCCGCCGCGCCCGCCUCGCAGGGGCCUGCGUCGCCGCCUGCGUCGCGCUCGCCUCCGUCACCUCCGCCAGCGCCCAGGCCAUGUUUGAGCCGCCUGCGAACCAGGUCAUGCUCGGCUUCUGGUACGACUCGGCAGAUCCCUACUACGACACGCCCGACACGAUCAACCAGAAGCUCGGCAACAACGUGCCCGUCUUCCAGCUGUCGCAGCAGAUCCCGCUCCCGGCGUUCAACUACACGACCGGCGCAGGUGGUGCCGCACCCGAGAGCCUCAUCGAGCGGUCGGCGACCGACGCCGCCGUCUUCCUCACCAUCUACCCGACCACGUUCGACGCCAUCACCGACGACGACUUUACCAACCUCGCCAAGCAGAUCUACGACUACCAGGCCAACCUCAACCGCACGGUCUUCCUCCGCUAUGCGCCCGAGAUGCAGGGUACCUGGAUGACCUACGGCUUUGACCCGGCCGGCUUCCUCCAGUCGUGGACCAACAUGUACACCAUCAUCAAGGCCAUCGCGCCCGAGACGAUCAUGGUGUGGGCGCCCAACACGCCCCAGGGCUACCCGUACGGCCAGCAGUACACGGCAUAUGGCGCGCUCAGCGCCGCCAACCAGGCGCUCCUCGACACGAACGGCAACGGCGAGCUCGACGCCGGCGACGACGCCUUCUCGCCGUACUACCCGGGCGACGACCUUGUCGACUGGAUCGGUCUCUCGAUCUACUACAAGGGCGUUCCCUCCGACAUUCAGAACAACGUUCAGCCCGACGGCUACUGCGCGUCCAUCAUCACGGGCACCGACCCUGCCGACAACAGCGCCAUCACCGAGUUUUACCAGGCGUACUGCGCGAGCAAGCCGUCCAAGGCGUGCAUGUUUGCCGAGGCCGGUGCCGCCUUCCACGUCAACGACGACGGCCCUGCGUCGCAGACUCAGCUCCAGCAGGCUUGGCUCAAAGACUGCGUCACGUCGCAGACCAUGCUCGACCGCUUCCCGCGCAUCAAGCUCUACAUGCAGUUCGAGUACGAGAAGGUCGAGGACUCGAACAGCGGCACCAAGGACCUGCGCGACUACCGCAUCCUCAACGUGACCGAGGUCCGCAACGAGUUCAUCGCCGACAUCGCCUCGCUCAGCGACCGCUUCACGUGGGCCCAGUCGCGUGCGCCGCCGACGUCCAUCUCGUCGGCCGGCGCGCCUGCGGCCACCAACUCGGCCGGCUCGAGCGUCAUCCAGGCCAUCACGGCGACGACGCGCCCGCGCCCGACGACGUUCCCGAGCCUGUUCGGCUACACGAGCGACGGCACGCAGCGCGCCGAGUGGGCCGAGCUCGGCAUCAUGGUCGCCGCCGGCGCCGUCGGCGCGUGGACCGUCAUGCGCACCCUCUGAGCGGGUCGUCGCUCGGGCCGAGUUGCCUGCUCGAGGAGGGCCGCAGCGAGCUCGUCCGGACCAUGUCGACGAGGUACCGGACGGGCAGGAGGUCGCCCGUCGUUUCGCCAUAUUAGACCGCGAGGUCGACCUCGUCAACUCGAUUUACCUCGAGCCGCCGAGCUUUACCACCCUCGCCUUACCUCUCCUCCCUCUUUCUCUCUCUCGCUCCUUUCGCCGUUCUGUUUGACUACCUCCCCUUCACCCUGCGGGCUCGCAUCAAGGACACUGCCUGCACCUUCCUCCCCUCUUCUUUUCCCGCCCUCCUAUCGACGCUCUCGUCCCUCGUUCUCGCCUCCUCAUCCCUUACACUUCUCACUCGCAUCGCCCUCUCUCUCCCUCUCGCGCGCCUCGUUGUCGAUGGACUUUCGCCCCUCUCCCUCCCCCUUGCACACCGCCUUGUCUACACGCUUCUCUCCCCUCCUCCUCCCACGUUCAUGUCCUCCCGCGUCUCUCCACCGGUAAUAUACCCUUCACGCCCACCUCG